CAUCAGUGCACUUCCGCAUCCUGUUCCUACCGGACCUCGGCCCCAUACCGAUACGACAUGUCACCAUCAGGCGACGACAGAGGCGGACCCCGGGUGUCCCGCGACGCCAGUGCCGGACCAGCGAGAGGCGGACCCCGGGUGUCCUGCGACGCCAGUGCCGAACCAGCGAGAGGCGGACCCCGGGUGUCCUGCGACGGCAGUGCCAGACCAGCGAGAGGCGGACCCCGGGUGUCCUGCGACGGCAGUGCCAGACCAGCGAGAGGCGGACCCCGGGUGUCCUGCGACGCCAGUGCCGGACCAGCGAGAGGCGGACCCCGGGUGUCCUGCGACGGCAGUGCCGGACCAGCGAGAGGCGGACCCCGGGUGUCCUGCGACGGCAGUGCCGGACCAGCGAGAGGCGGGGCCGUCGACUUUCACGUUUCAGCUCGAUGAAAAGGAGGUCAAACAGGUAUUUGUCGGACGUAAUCUGAAGAAAGAUUGGCCCUCAACGCUGGCGACGGCGUUCUGCCGAAGCACUCCCGGGCCGAAAUGCGUACUGGCCGUCCGUCGACGGCGAAUCAAGAAGCUGUGGUCGCGUAAGAGGGGUGCUGCGUUUUUCACCUGCUUCGCCACAUGUCGCUUCCCCUCGUGCAGUUCGUACUCUUUCUCAAUUCAACAUACGCCGUCGGUAGGGGAACCGCUGACUGUGCGCUGCACGACGUACGGCACGCCGAGCACGGCGCAUCAGCUGCAGCACGCCCACCGGUACCUCAGCGGAGAGCGGCGACGGGAGACUGCUGAGCGCGUGGAAGAUCGCGGAGCGUACCGUGUGUCGCAAGAUAUGCUGAUGCAGGCACCGGACUGCGAGCUCGCGGACGGAAAUAUCACCGAGGCGCCACCUCGCCACAUCCUGCGCCAAGCGGCACACGAGCGUCGGGUGGCCGAGCGCCACUCGACGAACUGGACUGAAGACCUGGCGGCGACGAUGGCUAUAUCACGAGCCGAGGAUCUGACUAGUAAAGUCGUGAAGGGUGGCAUCCAUCUCAUCGGGAGGGCACCGGUCGUGGUACACCUCUACAGGGAGCACUUCUUCCGGCGAUACCAUCUGGCUCCGAGGACGCUCCACCUCGAUGCCACGGGCUCUGUCACCCGCCAAGUCGGCGAGAAACGGCCAUAUUUGUACGCGCUCAUCGCCGAGAGCCCUGACACCGACAGGAGUUUUCCGCUAGCCCACCUGCUGGCGGAAAGCCACAAUGUGCCCACUAUCGCGCAUUUCCUGGCACAGGUGGCCCAUGGAUACAAACUCGUGACCAGGGUCCCUCUCACGCCUCCAAGGGUGGUCACGGACUUCAGUUGGGCGCUUAUACACGCUGUGUCGGAGGCGAUCGUCAAGACCACAACCGAAGCGUACCUCGAGGCCUGCUGGCAAAGCCUCACAGACCCUACGAAGCAGCCCAAGACUCUCGUAAGUCUCUGCGGUGCCCACCUGUUGCACAGUUUCGCGCACACCCUGAAGAGCAAAGGAGUGGCUGCAGAGGCAAGACCUGGCUUCAUGUGGCUCUUCGCCAGCAUGCAGCAGGCCACCUCGCUGCAAACUCUAGACACAACGUACAAGCGACUCUGUGUCCUGGCCCUGUCGAGGAGCAAGUGCGCCGUGGAGCUGCCGGAAGUCACGCGCGUAGACUAUGGAACAGACGACCGCCAAGAAACCGAGGCGCCGCUGGAGGCAGCCGAAGACGCGCCAGCCCGGAGGACCUACCGCGCGCGGACCGCGUUCGGGCGUCACUUCGAGGACAUCACUAACGGAGUCAAGUGCAGCCUGCAGACGGACGGGGAAGCCAGCGAUGUCCCCAACAAGUACUUCUGCCCUGGCCUGGUAGAGUACUUGCUGGGGGCUGUCAUGCCGCUCACUCCACUUUGGAGUCAAGUGAUCUCGGCUGCCGUGGUGACCAACGCGGCAGUCGAGUCACACUUCAAGGUCGUCAAAAAACAGAUGCUGCAGGGACGCACUCGACUGCAGCCAGGCGACUUUGUGCGAGUCCUGCUGAAGGACACGGCUGCCCGCAUGAAGGCGGCUUUGAUCCCGAGCCGGCCUGUCCUCAGGGGCCGGAAAAGGAAGGCAGCAGAAGGGCUGUUUCAUCCUGAAACCCAGGAGGAAUGCUGGGCCAAGCGCCGCACGAGUGACAAGCCCACGUGGUAUGCUCGUACUAAGCCACCGCUGGACUUGGCCCCCGAGACGGCCCCUGCCCAAGCGACGAAACCGGCCCCCAAGACGGCCCCAGCCCCGGCGACCAAAUCGGUCCCUGAGCGAGCACCGUCAGCCGCCACCGCAGCAGAGCGUGGACCGUCAGCCACGGUCCCUGAGCGAGCACCGUCAGCCGCCACCGCAGCAGAGCGUGGACCGUCAGCCACGGUCCCUGAGCGAGCACCGUCAGCCGCCACCGCAGCAGAGCGUGGACCGUCAGUCACGGUCCCUGAGCGAGCACCGUCAGCCGCCACCGCAGCAGAGCGUGGACCGUCAGCCACGGUCCCUGAGCGAGCACCGUCAGCCGCCACCGCAGCAGAGCGUGGACCGUCAGUCACGGUCCCUGAGCGAGCACCGUCAGCCGCCACCGCAGCAGAGCGUGGACCGUCAGCCACGGUCCCUGAGCGAGCACCGUCAGCCGCCACCGCAGCAGAGCGUGGACCGUCAGCCACGGUCCCUGAGCGAGCCAGCGGACGAGCGCCGUCAGCCGCCACCGCAGGGCGUCCCAAAGGACGGGCGCCGUCAGCCGCCACCUCAGGGCGUCCCAAAGGACGGCCGCUGCGAACAGGACAACCACCGAAGCGCAGACCCUGGCUGACCGCGGAGGACAUCGAUCUGUUCUGCGAGUCCAUAUCAUCUCCGCAGGUGCUGGCACUGUCGGUGUACUGGUAUGGUGCUCUCAGGACACCCUGUCGACGCUGCACCACAGAAUCGAUGAGGCAGUUCGCCACAGCGAACACGUGGUUGUUGCCACUGAAUAUUGGCAAUCACUGGGUCCUCUUCGUAGUGGAUUGGCGCCGUCAAGUGGUGCUGUUCUUCGACUCCAUGGGCUGUUGGCCAUCCGGAGCCUACACAGAGGCAGUGCAGCUCCUCAUGGAGGCGACGCAGCCCCAUCUCAAGUGGACCAGCUGGCGCCUGGUGGUGCCCGAGACUCCGCAGCAGACGGACACGUGGAGCUGCGGCUACAGAGUUUGCUGGCUGGCACUCGCGGCGGCCACUGGCAGCACUACGCCGUACUCUUCUGAUGCUGAAGAAAACGUGCUCGCUCGGAUACAGAAGGCGACAAAGCUUGCCAACGCGCCAUCAGCCUGUCGGUGUGCGGAAGCGCAGGUUGUCGGUGUGCGGCCGCAGUCACUCAGACGACUGAGAGUGGCAACACCGGCCAACCUCUACCUGGCUGCUCUCCGCUGAUACGCUGGAUCGGAGCGUCGCCGCCGCCGUCCGACUGGUGGCAUCGCGCCAGAGCUGCACCGACGCAGUGCUGGCCCUGCUGCUCGACACGGCCGCGCUGCUGCGAAGUCGACUCAUUGGCCGGAUCCACUGUGUGCCUGCUGAUGCUCACCCGCCGGCAGCCGGCGGUCACGGCCUGGUGGCGGCACGGCGGCGCCGACCUGACUCAGUGUCACCAGGGCAGAUAGUGUUUUGGACCACCUGAUCAAUGACGAGUGUGGGCGGACAUAUCGCUUGUGCCGCGGUAUUGAGCGCCUAGAGUUGGUGCGAGAAGAGCUGGUCAGUAUGUGUAUGUGCUGAUAUCAAGUGCCGGUGGUGGCUGUUAUUGGAGAACCAGCUGGCCAGCUGCAGUGUCUCUGAACGCGCCGCUGAAUGCCGCCGAGUCGGCUGCAUAGCUUAUAUCUAUCAGCUGCAUACGGUGGACUGCUGACUGUUGUCCACAAGGUACCGCCGUCUUUCGGUUGGCUGUUCGUCACAAACGCGGUAAUUUUCGUGACGAAUGCCGACGCGGCGCGUGUUUCUCAUAUCGAGUAACUUCUCACAGUGUGAAGUGAAUAUCGUCGGCUUAUUGUAGACUGCUCAUGUACGAGUUUGAUCUGUGGUGGGGAUGACGGACUGUUGGCUCUUAUAAUCACCGAGAGCGUUCCGCCGGCUUGCGCGCGUGGAUCUCACCGCGCCUGGAGACGCUGCGGCCGAUGCUGAUGCGCGGCUGUCUGGUGAUAACCAAGCGCGGCUAGAUGAUCUGCGAACUGCUUUCUACGCACGAGACGGUGCUACUCGAGCUGGACGCCAGCGCCGGCGCCGGCACUCAUCUGCUAGAGCGUAUAAACUUAACAGCGUGUCCGUGGGCAAGUUGUUCGAGCGCUCGGUGACCUGAAUUUGGAGGAGCGGGAGUCUACCCUGGCGCUCCCGAACUACCGGCUCACCAAGAAGCCGCACCUGGCCGUGGUGGCGCACAUUUUCGCAACGUUCGGCUACUCGUCUCAGCUGAGCUGGACCGGCGCAGGCUCUCCGAUGUGGCACUGAUGUCGCACUGUGAGCUGAGCUUGGGUGCCUGGAGUCGUUCGGUGGAGCACGACCCGGGCCUGCGUGCUGUACUGCUAGAGAGGCCGCGGGUCGCUGGACUCUAUGUGAUGAAUGUGUGUGAGCGCGUUCCGCGGCUGCCUUCGGCAGCGAUGCGCUGACUCGCUGCCGUCACUGACUCGCUCAGCACCCAGCUGAGCUCGCUGAUACUCAUGCUCUCAGGACUGUUCGCCUCUAAGACGUUGCGCGUGCAAUCACCAUGCAGCGAUGGUAGCUGAUGUGUCCGCUUGAGUAGGACAAAGUGAUGCACUUGAACAUACUCGUUCUGUUCUCUGCUAUGUUCUGUUCACGUUCUGUUGGUGCGCGGUACCGGCCGUGCCGACUGCACCGCGUGCCAAGACGGCGUGUCGCGUCGCGGACGUGGCGUUUCUACUGCGGCUUGCAGUCUUGCGGAUUGAGGUGGACAAGUCUGACGUUAAAGCUGAUCUCGGGCGCUGGAGGUCGUGAGCAUUAAUGGCAUGCCCUGCAAAUGAUAAAUAAAUAUUGUUUUCCUUUC